AUGGGUUGUGAGAAGACUUGCAAGGUGGAGAAACUCUUGAGACAGACUCAGAGAGAGACAGUGCUCUGCCAGAAGCAAAGGUUAGCCACAGCAAAGAAGAGCAGUCGGAUGAAAGGCGCAGACGAGCUGAGAAAUGAAGUUUUGUCACUCCACCAUGUGGACAACUUUUGUCUUCUAGAGGACAACAGCAAAGCUCUGCGACUCAAUCCAGAAAUUCUGAACCACCAAAGGCUGCAGCAGAAGUUACUGGAGACUGAGAUCAGCACCAGAAGGAAGGAGUGUGAAGCACUUGAGGCAGAGGAGAAUGAGCUUCAAGACUUCCUCGAGGAGAGCAAACACUUGAAUCUGCAGUGGUUCAACAACAGACCCAAGGCAUCUGAGUAUGAAAAGGUGAAGUCAGAGUAUGCCCAGCUCAAAGAGACACUUGGUGCUGUGACGCAGGAGAGAGAUUUAGCCCUGUGGGAGAGGAACCAGCUCCAAGGCAAACUGGAGAACCUAGAGCAGGUGCUCAAGCAUAUGCGCGAGGCUGCGGAGCGAAGGCAGCAGCUAGAGUUGGAGCAUGAGCAGGCCUUGGCUGUACUCAAUGCAAAGCAGCAGGAGAUUGACCUUCUUCAGAAGGCUCAGGUUGAGGCUAAAAAGGAACAUGAAGGCGCUGUCCAUCUGUUAGAGAACCACUUGGACAGCAUGCAGGCCAAAGUCAGAGAGCUGGAGGAAAAAUGUCGGACGCAGAGUGAGCAGUUCAACCUCCUAUCAAAAGAGCUGGAAAAGUUCCGGCUCCAGGCUGGGAAGUUUGAUAUCCUUAGCACUGAAGCUCUAACUGUGUUUGAGUCUCCUGGAUCUCCAAACAAGUCCCUGUCACAGCUUCUUAAUGGAUUGGCUGCCCCCGUAGGGAAAGGUAAUGAGGCUCCAACAAGCAGAUCUUUGAUAUCCGAGUUUAUUCGGCCCCUCCAGAUCAGUGGAGACAAGCCCGAGCUCCUCUCAGUCAAGCCGACGUUCCUCAGUCGCAGUCGAGCCAGCAGCCCAGCACGGGCUUUCCUGUCUGAGAUGGAGAAAGAGCUCAGCUCAACAACCAGGUCUAAACCACGGUUCACAGGGAAGGUCCGGCUGUGCGUUGCUCGGUAUAGCUACAAUCCGUAUGACGGGCCUAAUGAGCAUCCAGAGGCAGAGCUCCCCCUGGUGGCUGGGAAGUACCUCUACGUUUACGGGACGAUGGAUGAAGAUGGCUUCUAUGAAGGAGAACUACUGGAUGGACAGCGGGGACUUGUUCCAUCUAAUUUUGUAGAUUUUGUCAAAGAUGAGCAGACUCCCUCUGCCCAACACAGGGACACGGUGGUGAAAGAACCUGGCUACCUCAACCACAGUAGCCUGGGAUCUCAGCGGAUUUUGGCCGGCACAGGAACAGGCACGAGCAGCCUGCUGUCUGACAAUAAGGCAGACUGUCUAAGCACCAGCAGCUUGGGCAUGGACCUCCUGGGCUCCUAUAGCAAUGGGACAGGAACAUUGGAUGUCAGCAUUGACGAAGUCGGUGAAGACAUUGUGCCUUAUCCCCGCCGUAUCAACCUGAUUAAACAGCUGGCCAAGAGCGUGAUCAUUGGCUGGGAUCCCCCCGUGGUCCCGCCAGGCUGGGGCUCUGUCAGUGGCUACAAUGUAUUGGUAGAUAAAGAGGUUCGCAUGAGUGUCCCCUACGGGGGCAGGACAAAGUCCCUUAUUGAAAAGCUCAAUCUGGCCACAAACACUUACCGCAUAUCCGUGCAGAGCAUUACUGACCGGGGCCCUUCGGACGAGCUCCGGUGCACUCUUCUUGUGGGGAAGGAUGUGGUGGUGGCACCUUACUACCUGCGAGUGGACAACAUAACGCAGAGCUCUGCUGAGCUCUCCUGGAUGCCCAGUAACAGCAAUUACAGUCACACUAUCUUCCUCAACGGUGCCGAGUACGACAUGGUCAAGGCUGGGGGCUACAUAUACAAGUUUUUUAACUUGAAAUCAAUGACCGUUUAUAAGGUGAGGGUUGUCGCGCAGCCGCAUCAGGUGCCUUGGCAGCUUCCAAUGGAUCAAAGGGAGAAGAGGGAGAUUUCCGUGGAGUUUUGCACUCAACCUGCAGGGCCUCCUCUUCCUCCUCAGGAGGUGCAGGUCCAGUGCAGUCAAACUCCAGGGGUUCUGCAGGUCAGAUGGAAACCACCACCCCUAACACCUUCAGGAACCUCCAAUGGGGCCAGUGUCAUUGGCUAUGCUGUGUGCACAAAGGGACAAAAGAUAGCAGAAGUCUUGUACCCAACAGCAGACUAUGUGACGGUGGAGUUAAACAGGAUUCAGGGUCUGGAGGCCAGGGAAGUCAUUGUAAGGACAUUAUCGACUCAAGGAGAUUCCCAGGACUCGCCUGUGGCCACCAUCCCGCACAAUCUCCUGGGAUCUCCCCGUCUCUCCCACAGAGCUGUUGCGCCUCCUCAUUCCAUGCCCCAAUCAGCGCCACAGCCCCAUCCGGUUCACUCUCAAACUCACCCUCCCUACCCUUCCACGUAUCCCCCAAAUCACCCUCAACCCCAGGUGCAGGCUCUGCCCCGCGCCCAGCCGCACACCCUACCCCACGCACAGCCGCACUCGCAGCCCGCCCGCAUGCCCCCCCACCCGCAGCCGCACUUUCAGCGUCACUCCAUACCCAAGUCGAAACCGUCAUUAAGUGCCAGAGAGACAGAAACCAAAGAGCACGAGGUGGGCCUACGCUCAGCCCAGCCCUGGGAGCGCUCCCCCUCGCCGCUGCCUCCCAUGCACGGACAGAACCUCGAGCCGCCACACUACCCGCCACGGCGAUCGCCCUCUCCUCAGAGGAUCCUGCCACAGCCUCAGGGAGUCCCCAUCUCCAACACUAUCGCCAAGGCCAUGGCCAGAGAAGCUGCCCAGAGAGCCUUUGCUGAGGGCAAUCGGGUUGAAAAAAGAAAUAUCUUUAGUGAGCGAGGUAAUUCCUUGCAUGUACUCAACUCCGAUGAGGAAGAGGAUGGUUACGACUCUCCUCAUGCCAGAAGGAGAGGAGCCUCGGUGGAUGAAUUCCUCAGAGGCUCAGAGUUGGGCAGACAGUACCAUCAUCACCACUACGGCCACAGUGAGGAGUACCACACAGAGAGCAGCAGGGGCUCUGACCUUUCCGACAUAAUGGAGGAGGAUGAGGAGGAUCUUUACUCUGAAAUGCAGUUGGAGGAAGGCCGCAGGCGGAGUAUCAACUCCCACAACACUCUGAAGGCUUAUUACAAGCGUCAAGACUUAGCUGAGGAAAGAGACUGUUGGGAUCUCCAGAGGGAGGUGGUGAAACACAGGUCCCUCCGCAGCAAGCGUCUCCACAGCAUCCCGGAGGUGGCCGAGGAAGAGGCGGACGGAGUGGACGGUAUGGGCCAGCGCCUGGGCUUUGAAGAGGGCAGGCGACCGGGAACGCCGCGCACCCAGCGGAGGAUGUAUCCCCAGGACCCUCACAACCAAAACAAUCACUCCGGCAGCAAAACCUCGCGCCUGCAGCGCCAACGCUCGUCCCCCCGCUUCACCGACAGCCGCUUUGGCUACGGUGCGGACGAGCGCAUCUACGGGCGGCCCAAUCGACAAAACACCAAGAGUCCCGACAGUGGGUUAGACUGCGGCAGUGAGGAAGAGGGCUCCCUAGGACGGAGUUAUCGUGGAUACUAUACCCAUGGGAGCCCCAUGCGGGGGCCUGUGCGGAUAAUCCACUGUGAGGGCCCAGUAGAGAGGCGGGCACUGGCCAUGGGCCGUAAAAGAACUCUGACCCGGCAGUGCAGUGUGGAGGAGGAAUUCAUUGACGUCCCGGUGACCGCAGCCCAGUCGGUACACACGGGCGACUUUAGGAACAGGCAGCACUUUGGGCCUGGUCGGGAAGUCGGGGCACGAAACUACUCCAGGGAAGGGGCCCUGAGCGAAGGCAGGCUGAACGAGCUGGACAGGGUCUAUUACAGCCCCCACAGGGAGGCUAGGGCCCAGUCUUUGUCCAGGCUCAACCGGGACCAGCCGCUGAUCAUUGGAAACUCACCGUCACAUGGAAGCCCUGAUCGCCUGGACCAUUCAGGGAGGAGGCAGGUUCACAUUGGCACCCCUCCUCAGCGAAGACCCAUCCCAUCCAUUGAGAUCACCAUGGACAGUAACAGUGAGGGGAGUGAGGGGAACCUCUCACCUGUCAAGGAGGAUGUUUACUAUGGCAGUGUAGCUCGGCGCAGGAUAUGGCCGUCUUUUUCCUCAGAGGAUCAAUAUGACGGCUACGGCGGGCGCAGACACGGGCGGGGACGGCGCUCUCCGGAUUAUUUUGAGGAGUCGGAGCCAGAGGACCUGACCCGCGUGUUUGUGGCUCUGUUCGACUACGACCCCCUGUCCAUGUCUCCGAACCCGGAUGCUGCUGAUGAGGAGCUGCCGUUCAAGGAAGGACAGAUUAUCAAGGUGUUUGGGAAUAAGGACACUGAUGGAUUCUACAGGGCACAGAUCCGAGACAGAGCGGGCCUGAUCCCUUGUAACAUGGUGUCUGAGAUCCAGACGGAAGAUGAUGAAAUGAUGGGCCAGCUCCUCAAACAGGGCUUCCUUCCCCUGAACACUCCUGUGGAGAAAUUAGUCAACUGCGACCGUUUCAAAGAUGGCCGCUCAAUUAAUCGCAGGUCCAGAAAGUCAAAGAGAGAAAGAAACAGGCGCAGUGGCCGUCAGCAUCCCAUGUCAACACGGAGAAUGGUGGCACUGUAUGACUAUGACCCUCGAGAGAGCUCCCCAAAUGUUGAUGUUGAGUAUGAAGGCAACAGGCUGAAUGAGGAGGCUGAACUGACUUUCUGUGCUGGUGAUGUCAUCACAGUUUUUGGUGAAAUAGAUGAAGAUGGAUUUUACUAUGGUGAGCUCAAUGGACACAAGGGGCUUGUUCCUUCCAACUUUCUAGAAGAAGUGCCUGAUGAUGUAGAGGUUUUUCUCACUGAUUCACCAUCUCGGUACCCACAGGACACUCCAGCACGGAUAAAGACCAAAAGGGUACAUGCUCCUUCGCAGUACUAG